AUUCAUUUUGAAAAAUGUUUGAUUCCCUUGACACAAUAAACAAAAAGAGCAAAACGCGUUUAAAGUUUUGGGAGUCGAAAUCACUUAAUAAAAGAGUUCUUACACAUACGCUGAUAUCUCCGAAGCUGUUUACCGGAUUAACUUCAAAUUUUCGGAGAAUAUUCUCAAUUUUCAUGCUGCCACAACAACAACAAAUGUAUAAAAUGUAUUCUUAAUACUAUUACACCAACAACAACUGCAUAGUCGGAAAGGAAAAACAAACAGGACGAUAUUACUCGCUCAACAGCAGGAAAUAUUGCCACACAAAUUUCAGUGUAUUUAAAAAGUAAAUAUGCGCUUAUAUUCGUUAUCAUACCGCUUCGUUUGUGCAUCAGUUAUUUGUUGCUUUUUUGUUUUACAAAUAUUGACAGCUCAUUUUCGAAUAUUCAAUUCGUUGGUACAAACUUUGUAAAUAACAAAAUUGAUUUUUAUUAUUUUUUUUUUUUAAUUUUGAAAUAAAGCCGUUAAAUCAAUCAAACAUAUUUUUUAUAUAAAUAGUUUAUCGAUGAAUAAUUGUAUUUAAAAUGCCAGUUAGUGGCUUUAGGUACACUCCAAUUCCCGAAGAAAGGCAAGUAGAUGACGAGUUCAGAGACGUGAACGAACCCGUUGAAAUACCCAAAUGGGCAGGAUAUGCCGUUAACGAUUUUGGUACAAAGGUGGUAGCGUAUGAGGAUCGUGAAAAUUGGAGCGUGAUAUUGAAAACUUUCGGAGUUGCUAUGGCCAUGUUAAUUAUAAUUAUUGCGGUACUGCUGAUUGGGCUGAUCUAUUUAUUUUUGCGUUGCAAAGGCUAUCUAAAUCCGAUCAGAGAUUAUGCUGAGAGGAGUAAUCAAAGAUGUGUGCGCUGCAUUUUAACGCUUUUGAUGCUCAUUUUAUUAGCCGGAAUUCUCUAUUUUGUGAUAAUGGCUAUAAAAAACACGGUUGCCAAAAGGCACAUGAAAGAGGAGAAUAAUUCAAAAACAAGAGGUGAUUCCUCUGUGGCAUCACAGCAAUUAGAUCAUGUUUUCGGUUUAAAUUUUGAGGAGUUCCAAACGCAAACACGUAACUCAGCUAAUGAUUUAAUCCUCAAUUGGACUGGAAUUACGGGUGACGUUAGCGAUGAGUCGAAAACUCUGUGCCCACCUGCUGAGGAUAUAACCGAUGUAAAUAGACGCGUGGCAGCGGUCAAUAACGAAUUUGAGCUAUUGUGUUUAGGAGUCUUGGAGUGGAGUGACUAUAUGCAUUUUUUCUAUCGAAAUAUGACGAUGUUUUUGGCUCAAACCGAUGAUGGUCGCAAAGUCUUAAAAGAAUUAGAUUUUCCUAACUUUCUUUCAAAAACGAUGCAAGUGGAAAAGCUCUUGGAUUUCUAUCGCAUCUUUAGUAUUGUGGACAAAUUUUUUUACUCCUUUUCAAAGCUUUACAACACGACCAUGAACUGGCCAGAGAAUUUACGAAGUAAAACGAAAAAUGCAUUAUCUCCGUAUUUUCUAGAAAUAACAAAGGAUUUGGGCGAUAAAGGUAAUCAAUUUCGAUCGCUUUCAACGACACUUGCCAACAGACCACGUGGAGAUAACAACGACGACGAUGAAGAUUAUGCAAGUACCGAUAAGGAAGAAGAGAAUGAUGAUAAGUCAAAAGAACCGUUAUCGAUUUAUGUACUGGACAUCAUAUGCUAUACACUUCUUCUAUUGAUAACAGCUGUGCUAAUAAUUGCGUUGCUGUUAAGAUGUUGUGGAAAACGUUAUAGAAGUGAAGCUAGAUGCUGCAAUCAAGAAAAUGGAUCCUGUCUUUUCCAAUUUGCGGCUUUUUUGAUGUUCCUAUUUCUGCUACUCGUGUUGUAUCCAUUUCUGUGGCACUUUGUGCAUGGUGCUGGCCGUUAUAACGGUGUUUGUACAAGAAACGACACACAUAAACACGAACGCUCCUUGGAAAAUAUUGAAGACAAUUGCUUAGACCAAACCACAUUUAAGAAAAUCCUCGACGAUCAUGUCGAUAGAAAAAUUAAGUUAAAUUUUCCAAAUAAGAGCGCUACUGAAGAAGUGAAACUAAGUGCACCGGAACUACAGAAGUACACAAUAAAUUUCAAACAAAGCGCGAGAACAUCAAAAACCCUCGAUCUCAGAAACAUGUGUGAAGAUAUUAAGAAUAGAACGGAUCCGAAACACUUAAUUGAGGUUUAUACACAAAUGCAAAAGUACGUCAACAGCGAUAUGCUCGAUAAUCAAUUGAAGACACUGCCGCAAUGCAAUUUGGAAAGCUUUAAGACGCGCAGAAUAGACGAAUACGAGAAGAGUGUAAUCUUUAUAAGCGCCACGCGUUUAACUAGCUAUUGCAAUACGGUUGUGGAGUUCUUUACAGAUAAUUAUGCCAAAAUUACAGGUGAAUGCCUAAAUGGCAUCGAGAGUUUGAAAAACAAUUUUUCCAAACAAAGUAACCAUGAGUUGAGUGAAAUAAUGGCGGACUUGAAGAAAAUGUACGCCAAAGAACUGGACGGUUAUGUAGACAUGGCAGCAGAUAGGGUGGUUAAUAAAGUUGGCUUGUGUCGCAAGGUCUCGGCUAGGUCAGCUGAACAGACGACAAGGGACUGUGAUGCAAAUACACAUUUACAGAAUGUGUCGUGGAGUGCUUUAUUGAUUUUGAUAUGGCUGGUAUUGCCCCUAAUACCCAUAGCACUUUACUUAGCUAGAUUAUUUUGCAUGUCCAGAGGCAGUAACUGUUCUUGUGAGCAAAGCGGAGCCGCAACCCGACGGAAUGACGGGUGGAAUACUAAUGCGGUAAUGGAUGAGAUGCAGCGACACUUAUAUAAAUCCUUUUGUGAAGAUUCAGCGAGAUCGGGCCCUUCGAAUGGUCAAUGCAACUGCAAAGCAGGGCGGGCAGGUAAUAUGCAGGGGCCAAAUUGUGGAAAAAGGUGCCUCGACGACGGCAGCGCUAAUUUUGCUAUGCUGCAACAAGCUAACGCUCUUUUACUUAAAGCAAAAGUCUGUAGUGAAUCUACAGAGUCGGAGAAAAGUGGUAUUCUCAAACCUAAACGGUUUAAAGAAUCACAAAGACCAACAACUUCUAAAGGAAUGCGCUCCAUAAGAGCAAAACAAUUAGCAAAUGAUAAUAAAUUGGAAACAUCCUCUUUUAAGAAAUGCGUUUGCGAUAAAAAUACUGCACAAAUGGCGAAUGGCCCUUCCAGUUCAAUGGCAAGCAGCCGACAAAAAAAAAGAAUGCGAAAUGUUUGUGAAACUCUGGAAGAAAUUGUCGAAGAGUCGACGGAUAAUGGGAUAAACGGAUUGAAUAUAAAUGCUUCUAUUCAUAUAAUAACUUUUAAUAAAAAAAUGACUUAAUCAAUAAACUGCGAUUUAUGUAUGUAAAUUUAA